UCUGGAGCGUUGGGUGGUUGAUUGAGUGGCUGGCUCCUUGCCUGCCGCCUGUCAACAAAAUUGAAGCGUGCUAAAGAAAAGCCAAUGCUCUCUCUUUCUCUUUAGCUCUCCACCAACAACAACUAACCGCAAGAAAACCUGUAAGAGUUCAACACUAAAUUUUAGUAUAAAAUGCGAACGGAAUGUGUGAUUAAGUAAAAAAAUGGAAAAUAAUAACAACACAAAAAUUUAAACAAAAACUCACGACGUUGCUUAUGGCUUGUUCAUCGCAACUAAACACAACAAAGCAAAGACAACAAAAAUCAAAUAAAACAAUAUUUUGUUGAUACUCCUGAGCGGUGGAACACCGCUGCUGACUUUGCUUGUCAAUUCCGCUGUGGUUGUUGUUGCAGUUUCGUUGGCGCUCUACCCGAUAUUGUGCUGGCUGGCUGUGUGUUUGCUUUGCUAUCUGACCGCUGAGUUAGCUGCUGCUGCUCUACCCAGCCAACAAACAGUUCACCACGAAACUUUGUAGACAGAGGAAGACGGUUACGGCUGUCACGAGUUUUUUUGUGUGUUGUGCGCGUUGUUUUUUCCCCCAAAACAUUCGUACAUUCGUCGUUCGUUGCGAUUCGAUUGAAUUUAGUUUUGGUGUGUGUUUUGUUGGGCCAAAGUGCUUGGGCCCCCAAUGUGAAUUGGAAUACUGAGAAAGAAAAAAGAAUCAGACAAUAAUAACUAAAAUUUAAAUGGUGUUAAAUGUUAUUAUUGUUGUUGCGGAUUGAAUUAAAAUUGAUUUAUAUGAAAUCUGUUCAGUGUUAAUUGUGUUAUGUGAGAUUGUCAUUUGGCUUAAGUUUCACCGCUAAACAACGUUUGUUUUUGUGCGCGAGAGCGUAAAAUCUACCAAAAGAGUGGGAGAGAGAGAGAGAGAGAUAGUGAGACGAAAAUUAAGGGAAAAAUUCUAAUUUUUGCAUUGACGAAAUUUUCGGUGUUCCUUUUUGUUUUUUUUUUUUGCUUCGCAAUUUUUUACAGCCCGAGCUGUGUAACGUUCGUUAGUUCGAUUGCGCGUAUUUGCUGUCAAGGCAAUUCGUUAGCCAAAGGGGCGGCAAGAAAAUACAUAGUAUGUCGAUGUGAAAAGCGAAAAAUUCAGUUUUAACCCUCCUUUUCGAAAAAAUAGUAAACCAAGAAAUAAAAAACCUUCUUGGUAAAGAAAACCCCAAUACAAAUUGGGAAAAUCACUGAGUUUUGCUUAUCCGUCAGUCGUUUGUUAUUGUUUUGUCUUAUCGUCAGCAAGUGGGGUGGUACUGCUGUAAGUAAACUUCUGCGCCAACCACCCACUCACCCCUCAACCGUUCGCAAAAACGGCAAACGUCAAACGUCAAAUAGCAAAGUGUGAAAAACAAAAACAAAUAAUUUCCAAAAUAGAAACGAAACGAAAGAGCAAAUCAAAACAACAACGAAAAUAAAAAUAUUUAAUUUUCAAAAUAAUACCCAAAGAAAAUAUCAAUAAAUAAUAUCACGAAAAAAUCCAAUAAAAUAAAAAGGAAAAAUUCCCAUUAAUCAAGGAAAGUAAAAAUAAUAAUUUCCAUCAAAGAAAGAUAAAAGUGUGUGUUUGUUACAGUGCAAGAAAACAAAAAUUCUCUGAAAAAAAAGUUGUAACAAAAAUCCAAAAUCAUUAUUCUCCAAAGGAAAACAGUAGAAUUGCCGCAUCAUCACACACACACAGGAAAAACAGAAUACAACCUGCAAGGGCAUCAUUGCUUUACUUAAAAUAAAAUAAUUUUCCAAAGAUAAAACAAAUUUUUCAACGAUCUCAAUAUAUAAAGUUUCCUCUUCCUCUGAGCACAAUGCGAUGCAUCGAAACUUUGUAUAGCCUUUGAUAUCUUGUAUUUGCUAUUCCGAUAUCCUUGAGAAACCAAAAACCGAAAAAAGAAAGCAACAACCAAAACUUGUGUGGGCAAACCUCCAAAAUCCCCAAACAAGCAAUCAACCAAGCGAGAAUCAAACAAUCAAACUAGUGAUACCAACAACAAACCCUUACAAUCGAUCAACAGCAUAGCCGACCUCCUACGUCCGCGCCCCAAGCACCAAUCAAACACUCUUCAGAAAGUUUGUUUGUAUUGCACCGACCCUCCACCCGCCUUCCCCUUCCAAAAUAUUGUAUUCUGCAUUUGGUCAAGAGUCCUUCUUGGCCUUAGCGGAAAACCAGCACUGCUACUGCUACACCACCGAAUAACAAUACCGAAAAAGGCUUACAAUCAAUUUCAGUUAGAAUUUAAGCGUUCACCUUUCUCGCUCCAGAAAACAUUAAUCUCUUAAAUGCCUUUUACUGCACGGCUAUUAAGCCAGAGCAGUGGUACUGUUGCUGGCGUUGGAGACGGUGGUGGUAGUUCCAACAAUGUCAACCCUAAUGGCGGCGGACCGAGAUUGUCAAACGGAAGUAAGGCCAGCACAAGCAAUUCGAUGGAACAACGUAAUGAAAACUUACGAAAAUUAUUUGCCACAAAUAAGAAACAAAAUUCAACAAUUUUACAAAAUAAAAGUAUUUCCGAUAACAAUUUACGAAACGAAAUAACCAGGACCGAGCAGAGGAGAGAUCCAACCAGCAGCCGUAUUUCUAUGCCAACAAAGUUGGCAGAGAAAAAUGAGCCUCUGCAACGUGACUGGGCUUUAAGCCAAAGUAAUGGCUGUAUGGCUUACCCGGCCAAUGGCGAAGAAGGGGACGAUCAUGAUGAUGGUGUUAUUGGGGUUGAAGACAAUAUGUCUGUGGCAGGGCCGACGGCAACGACAAGGAAUCGUCGCAGUUCCUCUCAAAUACGUCGCUGGCAAGUACGCGACCAUUAUUCAAUGGGGAUGCAAUCACAAAUGUCCAAAAGUGGCAGCUGCCUGGCUUUGGUGGCCCCAAGAGCCAAAACAGCGGAUGUAGAUGAAGAAGUAGCAGGCAAUCAAUUUUCAAUGAUGGUUAAAAAACCUAGCAAUCAAUCCUAUGGUUCUGACAUAAACUUAAACACUUCAAUACAACAGCUGCAACAUGACCAACACCACAACCAACAUCACCACCACCAAGGACCACACCACUUUGUUGGCGAUGCCAAUAGAAGGAAUGCUCCUGCACUAUCGGGAUUAAACAAUAAUUAUCGAGAAUCAUGUCCCGAGGUGCAUUCAAUUACAACACCAAAAUCACGUAGACCUUCGCUGCAAUGGUACAAAAGGAAAAAUUGGUUAUCACAAGAAGAGAAUAACGCCGUUGAUGAAGUGUGUGACAGUGGUCACACGAGCACCAAUCCAUUGGUAGCAAUGGCCCAGCCCUUGGGAGAUAUGGGGCGACAUGCAGCACAGGCCUACAAUCAAUUUGAAAGGGGACCCCAAAGCAAUCAAUACUCAAGGGAGUUGUCGGCAAAAACAGAUUGCAUUGUUGGCAAUACAAUCGACGACGACGGCAACAACAACUACUACCUCUAUUCAGCAAACACACAACAAUGGCCCAGAGCUACAAACUAUAUUGGCAGUCAUGGGGAAAAUUAUAUUAGAGACGACGUUAUGCCCGGUUGUGGUGUAGGUGGUGUUGGUGUUGGCCCCAGAAGGCCUCGGGCGCACAGCUAUGGCUACUAUAGCAAUGAAUUGUUGAAAAGUCUUGACAGUGUUGAGGAUAAUGCUGACAAAGCCGUUGUCGUCGACAAUGUUGUUGGUUAUUAUAGCCAUGGUAAUAUUGUGGGCCAAGAAAAGAAAAUUAUGACGAAGGCUGUAGGCAAACGAAACUACAACGACCACAACAGCUACAACUAUAAAGGAUAUGAUGUCAACGAAAACAGUAUGGAUGACGACAACAACAACAACAGCAGCAGUAACAAAAAUAACAGCUACGUUGACGAUGACGAGGACUAUGAUGCGGAAGAUGGUGUAGUUGACGAUUAUGUUGCUGGUGAUGACAGUGAGUUCGAAUUACUAGGCUCUGAGGACGAUGAAUAUGUCGACGAUGACGAUGUUAGCGGUGGUGAGCAUGAUGGUAAUGACGAUGAUGAUGAUGAUGACGGUAGUGUUAUUGACGAUGACAUACAGACGACGGCCGAUGAUGGAAACCUCAACAAAAACCAACAAUCUCAAUUUUCCUUUCAACCGAAACAACACACAUCCGUACCAGCAACGUCAGCAACAACAUCCACAUCAAAGCGUCCAUCUUCAGUGGCCGAGCUCAUGAAAAUUCGUUUAAAACCCAAAACGCAAGCAGACCGUGUAGAAACCUCACCAACAAUCAUUACAAAUUUUAUGUCACCAAUAACAUCGUCAUCAGCAUCAGCUGUUGCCGUUGCGGUCGGACUCCCUGCCAAUGACCCCCAAAGACUGUCACAGCAUUCUGGACUUAUUAAAAAUUCCUGCGUUCAAAAUAAUUUCAUUUGUCAAGAGAAUAAGCAGCAACAACAACAUCAGCCACACUUGAUGCUGAAAGAAAUUGGCAAUUCAUCUACUGAUGCUGCUGCCAGCACUGCAUCCAGACAGUAUCUACCAGCCAUGAAUAAUGCCACUUCAGAUGAUGACAAUGCCGGGAUAUUGUUGCAUGGCCAAACAACAUGCCAGAACAAAUAUACUUUUCAUGGUCCGCAGCAACAUUUGCCUGGGAUGCCUGCGGUUGUGGCUGCUGUCAAUGGCGACCACAAUGGCAGGACGACAAGCAACCACCAACCCUUCAACGAAAGCUUUGCUGCAAAUAAAUCACCCAUAAACAGUCUCACAGCACAUAAUCGAUUUGAUUGUACAGAAUUUUAUACAAAUGCAGUUAGCAGUGGAGGCAGCAGCAGUGGAGGCUACAACGGCGGAACUAGUGCAACAGCAACUGAAUCGCCUACAUUAGCUCAACGUUUGGAAAAAUUUCGCAUUAAACGGCAACGACAGCAACAAAACAUCGAUGAAAGCUUAUCACCAAAUUCGACGUCAGUUUAUUGCGGCAAUAAAACAGCAUUCGCAGAAAAUUUAACGCCGCCAUCAUCAUCAUCACCGCCACAGCCACCGCCACUAAAAUCCGAUCAACGGGAGGGUGUAUUUGCACGAACAACAGCAGCACCCGGGUAUUUAUCAGCUGAGCAAACACUCAAAUUAAAUAACCCCGACAAUCAAGCGGAGCGUGUCGACCCCAAACGAGAUACGAGUGUUGCUGGACAAAGGCAACAACAACAACAACAACUAUUAUUGCAGCAGCAAAACUUUACGAAUUUGAAUGGCAAAUCGUUCGAACGACAAUUGCCCUAUAUUCCGUUAGACCCCCAAGAAUACUACAGCUACUCCCAAACACAACCAGAGUUCCUAAAUACCAAUAAAAACAAAAGCAACAACUGCAAUUUCAACGAAAAGAGUGAUUUUAUUGAAUGCCAAACAGAGAAGGAGGAAGUGCCAAACAACGGCUGGCAAGAGGAUAGCAACGCCAAAGUUAAACGUGUCAUAGUUCGACGACGUAUUGUAAAAGCUACAUCCAAAUCAUCGACAUCAUCCAAAUCGCGGACACGCAGUUUGUCACCAGAAAUCGUUUCACAUAAUACUAAAGCAUCAUCGUCAUCCUCCUCGGCUUCUUCCGCCAAAGAAAAACGCUCUUGGUGGUCCUUCUAUUGGAAUUUUAAAUCACUAGCACCACCGCCACCGCCGCCGCCAGCAGCGUCAUCAUCAACUUGCAAUAAAAAUGCAGAGUUAGCCAGCAUUCAAUCUACUACCAAAACGAAAACUUUAAACAUUCCUAAACCAAAUAAAGAUCUUCAUCAGCUGCAUCCCGAGCAUCGUCAGCCAAACGAAAAUUUCAUCAUGGGCAUGUUAAGGACUAUGAAAUUGAAGGAGCGCCUAGCCAUAAGUCUGGGCGCCACCCUCAUUUUGUUAACGCUUCUCCUGGUGGUCGAUGUCCAAAUGGAUUUCGGGGUAACGAACCGGCAUUUGUUGCCAGCCCAGCAGACCAUACAUCAGCGGGUACGCUAUGCCGACGAUGGUAGUUUUAUGAGAGAUAUCAAACGAAAGUUCCUGCAAAAAAGUAAUUAUUCCGGUUCUAAAGAGACCUCAACGCCUCAAACAACACAGGCACGUCCUGGCAGUGCUGCCGGUGGCAGUGCGGGUAGCCAAAGUGCUGGCAUGGUUGCCACCGGCUUCCAAGAGCCGAAUGCAGCUGCAGCAGCAGCAGCCGAAGUGCGACAGUCUAUGCUGACAACAAAGAAACCAAUACCGCAUGAUCGUUUUGAAGAUUUAGUGAAAAUAGUUAACGAUUAUACGGGGACCCUGCAAUAUGGCCAUGUCAUUGUCGACAACGAUGGUAAUGAUGAUGGCAAAAAUCCAUCGCUGGGUGAAUUAAUAAAAAUGAAACCGAGUAAAAAUGCAACAAAUUUGGAAAAAUUUCAAUUGAGAAUAACCAAACAUGAAUUGUAUGCUGAAAAUGAUACAUUGGUUGAUGCUUUGCUAAAGGAUAUGAUCAAAUUGCCCAUAAAGCAUGUUGUACAAAAGGAAGGCGGGACACAGCUCAAAUUAAUGAUUGAAUAUCCGAAUAACAUUAAAGCACUAAUGAAGCCAAUGAGAUUCCCCAGGGACCAACAAACUUUACCCAAUCAUUUUUACUUCACCGACUAUGAGAGACACAAUGCUGAAAUUGCUGCAUUUCAUUUGGACAGAAUUUUAGGUUUUCGUCGUGCCAUGCCAGUGACGGGUCGUUUGUUAAACAUAACCACGGAAAUUUAUCAAGUCGCCGAUGAGAAUCUUUUAAAGACAUUCUUUGUUUCACCUUCAUCGAAUUUGUGCUUCCAUGGCAAAUGCUCCUACUAUUGUGACACAUCGCAUGCCAUUUGCGGUAACCCAGACAUGUUGGAGGGAUCGUUUGCUGCAUUUUUACCAGCUUACGAGCAGGCUGGUCGCAAGGUUUGGCGUCAUCCCUGGCGCCGUUCAUAUCAUAAACGCAGGAAGGCUCAGUGGGAAACUGAUGCCAACUAUUGUUCUAUGGUUCGUGAUAUACCACCCUAUGAUGAAGGACGUCGUUUGCUUGAUUUAAUGGAUAUGUCAGUGUUUGAUUUUCUGACCGGCAAUAUGGAUCGUCAUCAUUAUGAAACUUUCAAGAUAUAUGGCAAUGACACAUUCACCUUACAUCUGGAUCACGGUCGGGGUUUUGGUAAAGCAUUCCAUGACGAUUUAACAAUAUUGGCGCCAGUUUUACAAUGUUGUAUGCUACGUAAAUCAACUGUUAAAAAGCUAUUAGAAUUCCACAAUGGCCCCCGGCCCCUAUCCGAAGUGAUGCGUGAAUCAAUGCUUGUGGAUCCUGUCAGUCCUGUACUAUGGGAACCUCAUUUGGCUGCUCUAGAUCGACGUGUUGGCAUUAUUCUGCAAGGUGUACGCGAUUGUGUCAAGAAAAAUCCACCAGAAGAGAUGGAGGGUUCCGAGGACAAUGUAUCAUCAUAGCGAUGAAAAAAUAAACUUCUAGGCAAUUCAUAUAAAACCAAAUUGUAGACGUUAAGGCAAUCUAACAUAGUUAACGCCAAGAAAGAAAUAGGAAAAAAAAAACAAAACAUUAAGAAAAUCACGAAAAAAUACUACAACAAUAAAGUUCCCUCAAGAAAAAUUAGAUUAUUAAUUUAGAUUAUUAGAUGAAAUAGGUUUUUUUUCGUUUGUUUUUGUUAAACAAUAAAUUGAUGUAGACAUAAAUUUUGUUAAACACAUCCACACACAUCAUAAUUCCCAUAUAGAAAAAAUUAUCCUUGAAAUUUAGUAAAAAGCCCAUAAUAAAGGAAUUUUUCUAAAAAGUUCCUUAAAAAAAAGAGGCAAGCUCUCUAUUACAAAAAGAAAAAAAAAAAACAAACAAUUAGUAGCAAAUGGAAAAUACAUAAGAAAUUUAAGCUCUCAAAGACCCUUGUUGCAAUUAGUUUUAAAACGAAUUAAAAAUUAAUCAAUAGAAAUUAGUUUUUAUGUAAUACACAAAAAAUACCAAUAACAAAAACCACACGUAAAAGCUUUAAAAGUGAUACAUGUUUUAAGUCGAAGGCAAAGAAAAUAUCAAGUGUUUUUAACAAAGAAUUUUUGUUUUAUUUAAUUUUUUAACUAUAAACAAAACAAUGUCUUCUUUGUCCCUCUCAUAAAUGAAAGAACGCGUGACUUUAGUACCUUUUUUGUGAAGAAAUAAAAUGUGAAAACAUGUUUUAUGAUAAAAGAUAAGUUUUGAUCUUGUAAGUGAAAAAACUUGGCAGCUAUAUUAUUUUUGGGAUAUUGUGUUUUUUUUUUAAGUUUUAUAGUUGAGGAGAGGAGGAGAACACUCAGUGUUUAGAGCUUUAGAUGAAAAAUGUAAAACAAACAAUUUCGUAAAGAUAUAGUUUUUAAACCAAAUGAGAAAAAAAACACAAAAAAGACUACAUUCUUUAAUUUUUAAAAUAUUUACAGACAACUAAUGUAAGCACUAUAUUUCAUUAAAAUUUAUGAAUACAUAAUAUAUAUUAAUAUAAUGUUAAAAAAUUAUUAUAUAUAUAUUUUUUUUUGGAAAAACUGUGCUUUGUUACUUGGAAAGUAUAUUAUGCCCGGAACAAGUAGGUAAAUGCUUUGGAAAUGUUGAAGUUGAUCACUUAGAAUAUUGAGUUUUUUUUGGAGAUAAGGAAUGAGUGAAACAUUUUCCCUUGAAUGUAGUACCGAAGAAACUUGUCAGUAAUAUAUUAUAUUUUCAAAGUGCUUAACAUUCUUGAAGAUGAACUAUAGGCCGCUUACUUUACACUCAUCAAUCCUCGAACACUGUAGAAAUAUAAAAGGUAAAUUUCCAAUUUCCGCCGGUGAAUUUGGGAUAUAAGCCAACAAAAACUUGAGAGAUUUCUGAACCAACAGAUGUAAGGCCUUGAAACACUCUUUAUGUUCUCAGCAGUGUUAAAGUGUGUGGUGUGUUUGAAUAUGGUUGCGAGUUCAAUAAGAGCUUAUAAAAAAACUUUCAUUUCUACAUUUUUAACUGACUAGUAAUAACCACUCGGGUUGCCUGAACUUGUAAAAAAAUGGGUUGGUGGAUUCUUUUGUAGUUAGUUACGACUGCCACAACUUGCUUAGGAAACUCAUUGGUAAUGGAAAUUGUUGCUGGGAAGUACAGUAGAAUUGCGCCUACGUCGCACAAUGAUUCAGAUGUAGAUUAUUAUAAAUUAACAAGACAAGGAACUGGGAAGGAACCAGAAGCAGUGCUCUGCCCACGAUAGGUCCACGUUAUCGUAUAGUCCCGAUAUAACGAACACCCCAUAUUCGGUAUUUUGAUGAUUUCAGCCAAAUGUUUCAAUGGAAUUGUCCACACAAGGGAUUCUUUCCGAGUUCUUUACCGCCUAGAAGAGAAUUGUCUACAUAGAUCCAUGUUUUAGUAUAGCGCCCAUACAAUGGUACCCCCAGAUAUUCGGUAUUUUCAUGAUUUUUGCGUCAUUAUUCAUGGGAAUUGUUUUAAAUUUCGUAUGUAAAGUUCGGAACCGUUACUACAGCCUAUAUACCACGUCUUCGUAUAGCCCCUUCAUUUGAGCGGUUUUUUUUUGACGGAAUUUCUUUGAAAUUUUUUAAGUUUCUUCCAAAUGGUGGAGGGUAUAAAAUGUUCGGCCCGGCUUCUGUUGGUAAAAAAUAUUGAUAUGUGUGAAAUUUUAAGACAAUCGAACGGUUAUUUUACAUUUUAUAGAAGGUAUGAUUCUUCACAACUUAAUCCCAUUGUGGGAGAGACGCUACAAGUAGUAGGCCGAUAUAGUCCAUUUUCGCAUCUGACCUAUGAUGCGAAAAUAAGUUGAACUAAUAUGGUUUACCUUUUCUAAUUCUAUGAGGUAAAAUAUUUUCCUUGAAAAUGUUGAGUUUUUGUGGAGAAAGUUCCAGAUGGAAUGGACCGAUAAUGCCCGUAAUUUGAAAUAAAUAAUCAUAAUCCCUUCUAGAGUUAUUGUGCAUACCAGCCGGACAAAUGGACGGACAGACACCAUCAGAUCGACUCCGAAUGUCCUUAUACGAAUCUCUUCCAAAUAGACCUAUGGUCUAAAGCCGUUAUAUCGAUGAGGUUCGUUUUGGUAUGUCAAGUAAUAUAUACCCUCUGUAGUCAAAUGGCUGAAGGUAUAAAAAGGGCACAGUUAAUAGAAUAUCAGACAGAAGAAUAUUUUACAAAACAUAGGAAGAUGUUUUUCUUAAGGAGCACGCUACAAAGUUUUUGGAUAUUAUAUUUUUAUAUGUUUAUAGUUUUGACAUCGAUGUAUGAAAUAACACGGCUUAUAGCAAUCAAAAGAGCGCUUAUCCGUAGUUUAAAAUCGCAUCAUCAUUUCCUAACCUCAAUAUCUGGAAUAUGUAAUUUGAGGCACUAAAAAAUUCCAUAGGUUAAAGUUUCAAAAUAAAUCGAGCACAGUUUUUCCUCUUUCUCAUUAUCUUAUCUUUAAUUUAUAGGUUGAAUUUCACAUCAUUUAUGAUUUGUAGUAAAUUUACAUAAAUAGCUUAGUUUCGUACCAAAGAAAUAUCAAUUAAUUUUUGAAAUUUCAUGAUUUUCACAAUUCCUAACUCAAUACAAUUUCAUUUUGGGCAUAACUUAUCCAUGCCUUAUGUCUUUGGUCAAAUCAUUUAACACGAACAACAUAAAUAAAAGUUAUUAUUUAUUUUUAAUUACAAACAUAAAUACUAUAUUUUAUAAUUGAAACACAAAGAACAUACAUUCACACAAGUCCAUAAAACAAGAAGAAGAAGCUGAAAAAAAAACAAAAUACAUUUGUAAAGAAGAAAAAGCCCGAAUAAUAUCCUUUCUAACAAAAGUACCUUCUUAUGUGUAUGUUUGAUGUAAAUAAUAUAUAAUUAUACAUGAAAUAUUAAUAUUUUAAAUUUAGCGAAAAACAGAAAAGUAAAGCAAACAUAUUUUACAUAUUUUCACAUUUCACAUCUUUAUAUUCAAAAAAUUAAUUUCUAUCACAUAUUAUUUUAUGUAUAAUAAUAUUUCUUAUUUUUGUAAUUAACUAUUUAAAGACAUUGAAUUGUUGUAGUUUAAAUUGACAAUGAAACAUAAUAAUUAAAUAUUUACAUUUAUAAAAUGUCAAUGUUAUUUAAUUGUAAUUGUAAAAUUACUUUUUACUAUACAUAAACAAAAUAUAUACAUAUAUUCAUAUAUACAGAAAUAUAUAUGAAGGACUAUAAUAUCUGAUACAAUCAUAUAUUAUAAUAAAAUAUAUAACUAUUAUGUACUAGACAAUUUAAAUAAUUAGCACUGUUGCAAAAAAUAUUAAAGAAAUCUAUAUAAAAAACACCAUCAACGAAAAACAAAAUCCAAAAAAAAACUAAAUAAAAUAUAAUAUUUGACUGUUAAACAAAA